CGUUGCGGUUACGGUAACAGUGCCAUCCGAGGAGGGCGGACUCGCACCAUACUUAAGGAGUAGGCUCAGAUCCAGUUGAAAGGCACCCCGAACCUCUCUCUUCCCGAAGCCUAACCAACCGUCCGGGGUCCCAGGCCUUCUUCUCUUCCCUCCCUCCAUCUCUCCUUCUGGUUUUCUUUCCCGUGGCCCUUCAUCAUGGCUCCCCAGGCUGAUGUCCAGGUUUUGAUCGUCGGUGGAGGUAUUGCGGGGUUGACCCUGGCCAACAUCUGUAAGCGCAUCGGACUCAGCUACAAGGUGUUGGAACGCACUGCCGAAGUCACCCCCGUGGGUGCGGGCAUCUCGCUGGCCCCCAAUGCCCUCCGGCUCCUGGACCAGCUGGGCUUCAUGGACAUCAUCCGGAAGGAGGGCCAACCGCUGCGCAAGAUCCAAGUGUUCCGCAACAAGACGAAAUGGAGCAUGCUCGACUUUGAGUGGCUGGAAGGGACCUACGGCUACUCCAUGUACUCGAUGCCCCGACACUCGCUCCACCGGGCCCUGUACCAGGCAACGGGGACGGAGCACGUCCUCCUGGACGCCGAGGUCGUGGGCUUCGAGGACGAGCCCGACUCGCCGUCGGUCAAGGUGCGCCUGGCGGAUGGCCGCGAGUUUACCGGCGAGGUGUUGGUGGGGGCUGAUGGCAUCCGGUCGAUCACUCGGCGCCUCCUUGCGGACAAGCAAGGGCUGGCGGGCGUCAACACCAUCCGCUUCACCGGUCGUACCCACAUGACGGGCAUCUCGUAUCCGCUGAAGCACCUGGGGCCCGAGCAUCUCGGGGUGGCCACCUGGGUCUUUUACGAUGACUGCAUCCUGACUUCUUGGCCGUGUACGGAGAACCGCCAAUGGUUCGUCGGCGUCAAGCCCUCUGAGGCCAAGACCACCUCGCGCUCCACCUGGAAAGGCGCGACCAAGGAGAUGAUCAAUGAGGUGUACGGCCAUCGCUUCCACCCAAUGGGCAAGAACGAGACCGUCCGCGAUGUGGUCGAUAUUGCCGAGCGGGUGACGGCCAGUGAUGUGUUUGAGGAGACGGCGUUCCCCGACAUGGCAUUUGGCCGCGUGGCUCUGGUGGGCGACUCUGCUCACUCUAUGACAUCGUUUAUUGGCCAGGGUGCCUGCCAGGCGAUUGAGGAUGUGGGCGAGCUGGCCAACGGGCUGCACACCUACUUUGCCGGCCAAACCAACGAUCCCCAAGUGCUGCGGGAGGUGCUGAUCGACUACCGCAAGAGCCGGGAGCCACGCGCCCGCAAUCUGGUCUACUACUCGAGCAUCUUCGCGCAGGUGCAUACCGGGCGAUUGCCCUAUGGAUUGGGGCCCCUGGCGCGUCGUAUCGCGUUCACGUAUGCCCCAACGUGGUGUUGGAAAUGGGCCACCGACCCGCUGUAUGGAUACCAGCCACGGGUGCACGCGCUGGACAUGUUGUCGAAUUAGGGGGGUGAUAGCAUUGAUUCCUGAAUGGCGUUGACUUGGGCUGGCUGAAUUAAGAUGAAUAGAGUUGGAGGGGUGGUAUUAUCCAUGGAGACCAUGCUGUCAAGCGGGGUGGACGCAAGGGGCAAGACAUUGCCCGAAGAUCGGUCCGUUGGUAUCCAACCCCGAGGUUUCCUUGCUGAGAUAUGGGCUGUGUGUGGGAAGCUAGAAUUAUGUAUCCGAUUAAUGAGAUUCACGACUGCCGAUCAUUUGCUUUAGCGUCAACUGACUGAUGCAUCUGGAUCCCCAAUAGCCUGUAUCGCAGAACAUUAAGACAUAUAUAUAGAG